UUCUCUGCGUGACAUAAGCCAAGUCGACCGAACCACCGCUCCCUCGGGCGGCUCCGUGCUUACUAAACCAGCACCCCUGUCCACCGCUGCGCCAUCGCUGCAUUUAGCUCGGCGGCUAGAAGAAGAGCUAGCUCGCUGCUCAGGGGGGGCGAACCGCUGGUGCUGUGAACCGCUGGUGCUGCGAACCGGACGACCUAGUUAACCAUUUGACAGAUUUUACCGAACCCGCAAGACAUUUUACUCGCACAGGUCGUGUAUAAAUCGCGAGGGGCGCAGGUGAAGGUCAAGACACCAGCCCAAACUGAACCCAGGCCAGUGUCAAACAUCAGACAGACGACAGCCCCCUGCACACAGACGCUAUGGAUCAUUCACCCACCACCGCCAGCCUGAUGGCCAGCAACGUCACCAACAAGACCGACCCGCGCUCCCUCAACUCCCGGGUCUUCAUCGGCAACCUCAACACCCUGCUGGUCACCAAGGCCGACGUGGAGGCCAUCUUCUCCAAGUACGGCAAGAUCGUCGGCUGCUCCGUCCACAAGGGCUACGCCUUCGUGCAGUACGCCAACGAGAGGAACGCCCGCACUGCGGUCACCGGAGAGGACGGGAGGAUGAUUGUAGGACAAGUGCUCGACAUCAACCUGGCUGGAGAACCCAAACCGCACAGGUCAAAAACCACCAAGCGCUCGGCUGGAGACAUGUACAGCAGCAGUUCCUCGUUUGACCUCGACUACGACUUUCAAAGAGAUUAUUACGACAGAAUGUACUCGUACCCGUCCCGCGUCCCCGCUCCCCCUCCCCCCCUGUCGCGGGCCGUGAUCCCGUCCAAGCGCCCGCGCGUCAGCCUCAGCGGAGGGAGCAGCAGCCGGCGAGCCAAGAGCAGCUUCUCCUCGUCCUCCAAGAGCAGCCAGAGGACGUCUUCAUCCAGGACUAUGAAAGUGGAUGAGCUGCAGACCAUCAAGCGGGAGUUGACCCAGAUCAAAAGCAAAGUGGACGACCUGCUGGAGAGCCUGGAGCGCAUGGAGAAGGACCACAGCAAGAAGUCGGCCAAGAGCAUAAAGACGGAGCCAGGAGAAGUGACUUCACCACCGCACUCGAGCAGCAAGAAGAACGACGGGAUGAAGAGAGACAGGGAGAGCCAGGAACUGAACGACUCGGAUGAGGACGAGGAGGAAGAGGAGGGCGACCUGCUGGAGGAGGAAGAGGUGAAGAGUCAAGAGAGGGAGGACGAGGAGGAGGAGGAGGAAGAAGAAGAGGAGGAGGAGGAGGAAGGAGAGCACGUGGAAGGUGACGAUGAUGUCGACAGUGUCAACGGUGAAGAGGACUCGUAGGCUCAGCCCACAGCGACACACACACACACACACACACACACACACACACACACACACACACACACACAGGUUCCAGUAGGAACUCGGACUCUGUUUUAACACUCGUAUUGUAGAGACAAAAGGAAAACGUACACACACAAGCAUGGUGGACACACACACACACAAUGUCGUCCCGUUGUCCCUAAAGCUGUUAUGUUACUUUCUCCAGUCGUCCAGAGUCACUGUCACGGGAAUAAUUAGCUGUAGGUUUUUGAUUUGUGUUUUUACCGAGUCGCUCCUCGUCUUCAGGAGAAGACGGAAACGUGGACACUUGAUGUUCUCAGAGACGACAUCUCGACGGACAUGUCUUAAUGCAACGGCCCCCGAAGUUCAGCUACCAAGUAACAAUUUUUAGGUCCAAUGUCUUUUCCUCAUCAGUGAGUUUGUUUGACCCUGUGUGUCUGUAUGUUAAUGUCAGUUUUUUAUACUAUUCCAUUUCUGUUUAACUGUAAAGAAAUAAAUUGCAAUAAAAUAUUAAAAUUGGA